CCCAGGUCCUCUAUUGUCGUCCUCUGCACAUCUGGAAGGCUAUGAUGGGUAUGAAUGUGACCACUUGGAGGUUGCAGCUAACUUGUUACUUCUUCCUAGAAGACCAUCCUUUAGAAGUAGGAAAACUUCUCUACAUGGUGAUUGAGUCCAAGGGACAAGACACGUUAUAGAAAGACAUGGAUGAAAGCAGCUCAGGGGGUCCCAGACGCAUGCUUCCUGUAGUCUAGUCCAGGGAAACCCUUCCGUGGGGCCCUGGCAUUCUGGGAUGUCGCCAGUUCUGGACGCAUGGCUAAUUCCUGAAUGAUGAUGGUUCGUCGGGGGCUGCUGGCGUGGAUCUCUCGGGUGGUGGUUUUGCUUGUGCUUCUCUGCUGUGCCAUCUCCGUCCUCUACAUGUUGGCCUGCACUCCGAAAGGCAACGAGGAGCAGCUGGGGCUGCCCAGGGCCAACAGUCCCACAGGGAAAGAAGGGUACCAGGCUGUCCUGCAGGAGUGGGAGGAGCAGCACCGCAACUACAUCAGCAGCCUCAAGAGGCAGAUAGCGCAGCUCAAGGAGGAGCUGCAGGAGAGGAGCGAGCAGCUCAAGAGUGCACAGUAUCAUGCCAGUGAUGCCGUGGGCCUGGGGCCUGACCGAGGCCCUCCUGAGAAAACCCAGGCUGACCUGCUGGCCUUCUUGCACUCCCAGGUGGACAAGGCAGAGGUGCACGCCGGUGUCAAGCUGGCCACCGAGUAUGCCGCAGUGCCUUUCGAUAGUUUCACCCUGCAGAAAGUGUACCAGUUGGAGAUGGGUCUGACCCGCCAUCCUGAAGAGAAACCUGUGAGGAAAGACAAGCGGGACGAGUUGGUGGAAGCUAUUGAAUCAGCCUUGGAGACCCUGAACAGCCCUGCGGAGAACAGCCCGAAUCAACGUCCUUACGCGGCCUCGGAUUUCAUAGAAGGGAUCUACCGCACAGAAAAGGAUAAAGGCACUUUGUAUGAGCUCACGUUCAAAGGGGACCACAAGCACGAAUUCAGACGACUUGUCUUGUUUCGACCGUUUGGCCCUAUCAUGAAAGUAAAAAAAGAAAAGCUCAACAUGGCCAACACGCUUAUCAACGUUAUCGUGCCACUGGCAAAGAGGGUGGACAAGUUCCGACAGUUCAUGCAGAACUUCAGGGAGACGUGCAUCCAGCAGGAUGGGAGAAUUCAUCUAACUGUUGUUUACUUUGGGAAGGAAGAAAUGAAUGAGGUCAAAGGAAUACUUGAAAACACUUCUAAAGCUGCCAACUUCAGGAACUUCACCUUCAUCCAACUGAGUGGAGAAUUUUCCCGGGGAAAGGGACUCGAUGUCGGAGCCCGCUCCUGGAAGGGAAGCAACGUCCUUCUCUUUUUCUGUGACGUUGACAUCUACUUCACCUCGGAAUUCCUCAAUACGUGUCGGCUGAAUACCCAGCCAGGGAAGAAAGUAUUUUAUCCAGUCCUUUUCAGUCAGUACAAUCCUGGCAUAAUAUACGGCCAUCACGAUGCAGUCCCUCCCUUAGAACAGCAGCUGGUCAUAAAGAAGGAAACUGGAUUUUGGAGAGACUUUGGAUUUGGGAUGACAUGUCAGUAUCGGUCAGACUUCAUAAAUAUAGGUGGGUUUGAUUUGGACAUCAAAGGCUGGGGUGGAGAGGACGUGCAUCUCUACCGCAAGUACCUGCACAGCAAUCUCAUAGUGGUGCGGACACCUGUGCGAGGACUCUUCCACCUCUGGCAUGAGAAGCGCUGUGUGGACGAGCUGACCCCCGAGCAGUACAAGAUGUGCAUGCAGUCCAAGGCCAUGAACGAGGCCUCCCACGGGCAGCUGGGGAUGCUGGUCUUCAGGCAUGAGAUAGAGGCUCACCUUCGCAAACAGAAACAGAAGACAAGCAGCAAAAAAACAUGAACUCCCAGGGAUAGAUUUGGGGAGAUGUUUCAUUUUUUUUUCCUUUUGCAAUUACCAGACAAGUGGCUGCAAUAAGGAAAAGAUUUCCAUAAAAGAUUAAAAAAAAAAAAAAGAAUUUGACUGAUUAGUAAGAGAGGAGGGAGACAGAGCUUCCAAUUUCUGCCUAUUUGGCUUUUAUGCAACAGGAAUUGAAAUCUCCCACUUUUGCCUGCAAAAGUAGCCCAAAUGCAUCCAUGCAGUGUCUGACAAAGGCAGAAUGAUUGUGAGAUUAUAAGCCUGAUAGCUUAUAAGGGUUGUUUUGAUUGUGUUUGCAGCAAAGUGAAUCUAUUGUUUUCUAUGCUCACUGAAAUCUUAAUUAAGAUCAGUUUUAUAGAAGGGUCAUUACAUGAAAGGCGAGCAGAUAUCACCCCAUAUGAAUGAUUAUUUCAGUAGGACUCUUGUGUCUAGGAAUGCUAAAAUAUCAGAUGGCAGGUGAGGAGACCAUGUGAAAUUCAAAGAUACCCUCAUUACAAUCCUCGUGAGUAUAUUAAGCAAAACCAAAUGGACUCAAACAGAAAAGAAACCAUAACUAUUAUGUAAUCUGCCCUAUAGAUUAACCAAAAAUAAUCUGCUCGUCUUCUGGUUGUAGUUUUAACCAUCUCUAUUUGUUAAUUUUAUUUAAAAAUGCACUUUUUUUUUGCUUAUGAGUUGUAUUUUGCUUAUUUAAUGACCAAUUUGCAAGCCUUACUAAGAGAGCACAAGUUAGCAUACACUUUUAUAUUUUUUAAGACGAUACUUUCAGAUGCAGUAUGAGAACUUUCAAUUCAGAGCAUCAGAUCGAUACUCAAAUCCGAGGACAUGCCAAAUGCUGACCCUGUCAAGCACCGAAUGCCAAACCUUCAUCAAGGUUUGGGGCCACUGAUGGAUUGAGACAUAGAUAUAUUUUACCAAACCUUCAUCAAGGUUAUGCCAAACCUUCAUCGAGGCCGGCACGGUUUGGGGCCACUGAUGGAUUGAGACAUAGAUAUAUUUUACCCGAAGAGUAUUUCCGAAGAAGAGCAACUGAAAACUCAACACUGGACGGAAAGAGAAAUAUACUUUUUACCUUAACAGAAAAAGAAACUCAUUCAGACUGGUGGUAUCUCGAUUUAUUCAAAAGUCAGAAAACACAUUUGCUCCUCAGAAGAACCAGGGACCACUUUCUUACCUGUUUAAAUAAACCAAAGUAUACUAUAUGAAUCAAACAAUCUUUUUUCAAAGCAGGGUGCUCUUCCUGGCUUCUGGCUUUCAUGAGAAGAAUCGGAGAAAAAUGAAUUUUGUGAAAGAUCACUCCAUCUGCCGGGGUCUAGUGGGAUGGAAGAUUUUGCUACAUGUUCACCCACCCCAGUCUAGGGGGAAGUAACUUGAUUAUUUUUUAAAUUAAGUAGUUCUACUCAGUCACCAAGAUGCUUCUGAAAAUUGCAUUUCAUUAAA